UCAGUUCCGCGUAACGCUGCUCAGCUGACUGACGACUGACAGCCAUGCGGUUUCGUUUCUGUGGAGAUUUGGACUGCCCAGACUGGGUACUGGCGGAAAUAAGCACAUUAGCCAAGAUUUCAAGUGUCAAAAUGAAACUACUCUGUGCUCAAGUGCUGAAGGAUUUGCUCGGGGAUGGCAUUGAUUACGAUAAGGUUACAAAGCUUACUGCCGAUGCAAAGUUUGAGAGCGGUGAUAUCAAAGCUAGCGUGGCAGUGCUCAGCUUCAUUUUCUCCAGUGCUGCGAAGCAUGAUGUUGAUAGCGAGUCCCUGUCCAGUGAGCUGCAGCAGCUCGGUCUGCCUAAAGAACACACAACGGGGCUCUGCAAAUCAUAUGAAGAUAAGCACUCCGCGCUGCAAAGCAAACUAAGAGAGACGAGUCUGAGAUUGGGCCGACUGGAGGCGGUGUCCUGGCGCGUUGACUACACUCUGAGCUCCAGUGAGCUGAGGGAGGUGAAUGAACCAAUGAUUCAGCUUAAACUGCAGACACACGGAGCAGAGUCGGCCUCAACAGAGACCACCGUUGUUUCCGUUUCUGCAGACAAGUUGAGAGUCCUGCUUGCAGAACUCAAACAAGCCCAGACUAGGAUGAAUGCACUUCAAUGAAGAGUGGACAAUGAAGUUAGACCUCAAUGUCCGAUUGACAGCCGGACACAAAUGAUGCUGUUUAAAAGUGCCAAACUUACAUCUUUCCAUUUUUUAGAUGAAUGUAUUAUCUCAAAGGUCAUGUGGCUCAUUCCUUAUUUGUAUUGACUGAUAUUUAGUUUUAUUUUUCUACCAUGUUAGUCAUAAUAAUUGGUGGAAAUGUGUCCAGACUGAACAAGAAAACUGAAUGGACUAUUUUUGUAAAAUAAUUGUAUAUUGAUUACCACGUUUUGCUUUUAGUCAUGAUUCUAAUUUGUGUUCGACCUUCUUAUGCUUAUAAAUUACAAAAAUAAAAUGUGUAA